AUGUCUGGCCGCGGCAAGGGAGGCAAGGGCUUGGGAAAGGGCGGAGCCAAGCGCCACAGGAAGGUGCUGAGGGAUAACAUCCAGGGCAUCACGAAGCCUGCAAUCCGCCGUCUGGCUCGAAGGGGCGGAGUCAAGCGUAUCAGUGGGCUUAUCUACGAGGAGACUCGCGGCGUGCUGAAGAUCUUCCUGGAGAACGUCAUCCGUGAUGCGGUCACCUACACCGAGCAUGCUCGCCGGAAAACUGUGACGGCCAUGGAUGUUGUCUAUGCUCUCAAGAGGCAGGGCCGCACUCUGUACGGAUUUGGGGGUUGA